AACAGUAGUGGAGGGGACUCUUGAUAAUUCUCUUUUUUCAAUUUAUCAUAAAUUUAAUUAAAAACCCAAUCAACAAUAAUUUUUUGCAAAAUUAAUUGAUAGCCAUUUUAAUUUGUCUAUUAAAACAUUUUCUAACCUUCAUAAUACAUGAAAAGUAGUAGGGGCAUUUUAAGUUCUUUUUGUUAGUUUUUCAACUAUCCAUUGCGUUCUUCUUUACCCACAAUUUCGUCAAUGGCCAAUUUCGUGAUAAGCUUCUGUUGAACGUAAAAAUGGCUCUAUUCGGUGCUCGAAUAAUUGUAACUCCCGUACUUCGGAGGACUAUAAAACAAAUUUUAUUCAAUAGAAAUUUAGCAAGAUAUCAACGGAAACAUCAAAUCUGUGCUCAGUUAUAUUUACCACAAGUCGAAACACAAAGAUUUUAUGCUGAAAAAAAAGUAUACAAUCGUGAUAAACCGCAUUGUAAUGUUGGAACAAUUGGUCAUGUAGAUCAUGGAAAAACGACGCUUACUGCUGCCAUCACCAGAGUUCUUGCUACCAAGAAAUUAGCAGAAGCUAAAGAGUAUUCAGAAAUCGAUCAUGCUCCUGAAGAAAGAGCCAGAGGAAUCACUAUUAAUGUUGCCCACUUAGAGUAUUCAACAGAAAAUCGUCAUUAUGGGCAUACAGACUGUCCGGGUCACGCUGAUUAUAUUAAAAAUAUGAUCACAGGAACAGCACAGAUGGAUGGUGCGAUUCUAGUAGUUGCUGCAACUGAUGGGGUCAUGCCACAAACAAAAGAGCACUUGCUUCUUGCUAAACAAAUCGGUAUCAAACAUCUUGUGGUAUUUAUUAACAAGAUUGAUGCUGCUGAUGCUGAAAUGGGUGAGCUAGUCGAAAUGGAAGUACGUGAACUUCUAACAGAAAUGGGUUAUGAUGGUGAUAAUAUACCCAUGAUUAAGGGCAGCGCUCUUUGUGCAUUAGAAGGCGAAAAACCAGAAAUUGGAGAAAAUGCUGUAUUAGAAUUAUUAAAAGCUGUUGAUUCAUAUAUACCAACUCCAGAAAGGGAUUUAGAUAAACCAUUUUUGAUGCCAGUUGAAAGCGUUUAUUCUAUCGCUGGGCGAGGAACAGUAGUCACUGGACGGUUAGAACGAGGAAUAGUGAAAAAAGGAAUGGAAGCUGAAUUCAUUGGUUAUAAUAAAACAUUAAAAACUGUCGUUACUGGUAUAGAAAUGUUCCAUCAAAUUUUAACAGAAGCCCAAGCCGGUGAUCAACUUGGAGCACUUGUAAGAGGCUUAAAGAGAGAUGAUGUAAAAAGAGGCAUGAUUAUGUGUAAACCGGGUACAAUGAAAGCUCAUGAUCAUUUUGAGGCACAAAUUUAUAUUUUAACACCAACAGAAGGAGGCAAGAAGAAACCUAUAGCUAAUUAUAAUAAAUGUCAAAUGUUUAGUAAGACAUGGGAUUGUACUGCUCAAAUUCUUAUUCCUGGAAAAGAUAUGGUGAUGCCUGGAGAAGACAGCACGUUUGAAUUAAAACUUAUUAAACCUAUGGUUCUUGAAAAAGGACAGAGAUUCACAAUCCGAGAUGGUUCAGUCACUUUAGGAACAGGUGUUGUUACUAAUGUAUUAAAAGGUUUAACAGAAAAAGAACGUCUAGGUCUUAUGGACGGUAAAAAGAAAAGAGAAAAAGCGGCUGCAGCUGUAUCUGCUUCAGCAUCUAAUUAAAUUUCUUUUUAAACUAAUUUUUCUAAAGUAACUGUAGUACUAAAUUAUUUUAAAAUACAAAUAUUUGGUUCAUAAAAUGAAAGAUCAAUUACCAACAAAGUAAUUUAAAAAAAUGCAAAAAUAAUGAUAUAAUUUUUUUUAGUGAUUUCUUGUAAACUUCAAUAUUCCAUCACUUUUUUUUCAUAGAUCAUAGAUCCAAACAUUUUAUUUUAUAUAUAAAUAAGUAUUUCACCAUCAUAUAAUUUCUUUUGAUUCAAUUAAGGACAAUGACGAUUUAUAUUACGUACUAUGAUAAAUGACGUACUAUACCGAAUGAUUUACAAAAAAUUAUAUUAAGUUAAUUAAGAAUAUUUACAAAUUAA